CCCCUAUUGAAAUACACGUAGAGCCUAUACUAGACUAUAGCUGUCCCCCAUAGGAGAGACCUAUAACACACUAUACCUUUCCCCCAAGUUUUCGUCCCUUCAAUUUAACUCGUUCCUCUAUACCAAGUCUAUAUUCGUUGGUACCAGUUCCUUGCUAACUGCCUCCUCAGUUUUUAUUUCGUGCUUUUUGGCUACAACCAAUGACGAAGAAUACAGCAGUUUUGAAAUGUAUUAUAUAUAUAUAUUUUUUUUAUAUUUGAUUAGUACAACAUUAAAUAUUUAAUAAAAUAAUGAAAUAAUAAAGUAAUAAUAAUACAAAAUAAUAAUUAAUAAUAUUAAAAUAAUAAUCAUAUAAUUAAUAUUUAAUAAAAUUAAUAAAAUGAUCAUAUCAUAGGUAGUAACGAUUUGUACAUAGAAAGAACUGACGGUGUUUUAUGGGAAUAGUUAAUAUAAAAGGAAACUCAAUAUUCUUUUUACAUCAUAUAUUAUACGUGUAUGGAUGAAGAAUUGGAAUUUUUUGGAUUGCUGAUUGAAGCUCUCCCAUCCUAAGUACAUAGUUAAUUAUUUGCUGGAGCAGGAUAGAACAUGUUUGGGCAAACAGGAAAUCCUUCUUUCGGUUUUAACGCAGCUGCUCAAAAUAGCCCUUUUGGCCAGUCAGCUUUUGGAAAGACUAUACCAACAACUAGUUUUGGAACCACUGCCCCACCUGUUUUUGGAAGCAAUACUUCUCUUUUUAAUUCAAAGCCAAAUGGUUCAGGCCCUGGAGGUUUAUUUGGAAACACUACGACUACUCCCACGUUUGGAUCGAACAGUGCUACUUCAUCUUCAUUUGGAGGAUUUGGUAAUACAAGUACAACUACACCAUUAUUUGGAUCUCAACAAAAUGCAAACACGAAUUUAUUUGGCACAACUAAUUCAACGUCCACCUUUGGUCAAACAAAUAAGCCGACUACGUUUGGAUUUGGACAAUCAACUGGAGCUGGGCUUUUUGGUCAAACUCAACAGACAAUACAGCAAAGUACACCGUUUGGGCAAUCAAAUGCUCCUAGUAAUACGGGACUUUUUGGAUCAACAUCAGGAUUUGGUGGUACUAAUUCUGUUAAUAAUAUGACGGGUACCUUGGUUAAGUUCAGUCCGGUCACCGGUACUGAUACAAUGGUUAAAAAUGGCACUACACAAACUAUUUCUACGCGUCAUCAUUGCAUAACAUGUAUGAAAGAAUAUGAAUCUAAGUCUUUAGAAGAAUUACGUUUAGAAGAUUAUACUGCUGGACGAAAAGGUGCAGUUCAAGGACAACCUUCCACAAUGUUUGGAACACUAACGCAAGGUACACCAUUCAGUACGGUCGUUUCUAAUAGUACCAAUUCAGGAUUUGGAACUAUGGCGCCCAGUUUUGGUCAUACUAGUCAAAACAAUAGUACCAGUCUUUUCUCAAAACCCUUAACAGGUUUUGGUGUACCUUCCACUACAUCUAGCGCUUUUGCUUUCAAUGCAACAACUUCUUCAAAUCUAUUUAGUAAUCAAUCUAAACCAUUUGGAAUCACUACAUCAACGCCAUUAUUUGCAGCUAGCAAUACUACUUCUUCCGUGAACAGUGGUUUCGGAAAUAUUAAUACUCAAAAUUCUGGUUUUGGAAGUAGUUUCAAUCCUGGACAAUCUAAUCAAAGUAUUGGCUUAUUUACCCAAAAUAAACCCGCAUUUAAUAUGCCGCCGUCAACAUCUGUAACGAAUUUCGGAUUCGGCCAACCUUCAGCAACAAAUACUACUACAAGUCUUUUUGGUUCAAAACCUAUUGGAACUGGAUUUGGAUCGACCUUUGGCGGAGGUACUACCUCUACAUUUCAAACAGGAAGUACUGGAUUUGGAACUCCACAAAAUACUAAUACUACAUUAUUCAAUACAACUUUUAAAGUUCCGAGCCAAUCUUCUGGUUUCACGUUUGGUAAUACACCCAGCGGUGUUUCUACUGUAUUGGGUAAUCCAGGUAGCUCUUUGUUCACCUCAACUGCUAAACCAAAUCUUUUUGGUUCUAAUAACAGCUCUACGACGUUUAAUACAACAGGCGCUUUCGGAUCAGUGCCUACCUUUGGAUCUGGAACUAAUCAAUUAUCUACACUUGGUACUAAUUUUUUCGGAGCAGGGUUGUUGGUAAAUAAUCUGCAACAAAGUUCUAACCUAGUACCAGUUCAUCAACAGAUUUUGGCAUUGGUUUCUGCACCAUUUGGAGAUUCACCUCUUUUGAAGAAUUUAUUACCCGCAUCCGGAAAAAGUGAACAAUUUUUAAAGCCAGCAAAUACCAUAUCAAAAAGCUCAAAUAAUCUGCAUUACAAAAUAUUAACAAGCACGAAUUCUUCUAAACCUAAACUGAAGAUUGUUCCAAGUAUCGCAUUAUCAAAGAAAUCCCUUUUUGAUGGACUUGAUGAAGAAGAUCCAUUAUUGGAAGCAUUCCAACCUAGACCAAAUGCAAAACGAUUAGUUUUAAGACCGAAAUUGAAUAUGUUUAAUCAAGAUAAUCCAAAAGAACUUGGAACUAAAAUUCAACCCGUAUCAAGAGAUGAAACUUCUUUUAAAAUAGCCGAUAAAGAAAAUGAAAUACAAGACAAUAACAAACAUAUAAAUGAUAGUCGAUUAUCAAAUUCUUGGUUAAAAUCGAAUUUUCCUAGCAAAUCAAAAAUAAGCGAUCAGCAAAAAAUUGAACAACCACUUGCUGUCACAAGAAAAUCGGAAUUGCUUAAAGAAGAUAAUGAAUUAGAUAAUACUGUGACAGAAUUGAGGUCACCUGUAUUUCUUGAAAUUUCAAAAGAUGUUUCAAAUACCUUUAUAGAAGAAAGUAAAGAUUUGGGCAAUACAAAUGAUUACGUUAACAUUGAAUUAGAUAGUAAUGACAGCAAAUCACCAAGUGAACAAGAAGAAGAAAAUUUAGUAAAUCAACAAAAAAAUGAAAUAAAAAAUUGUGCAAAUUUAAAACUUCAACGGCAUGGUUAUUACAUAAUUCCAUCUCUGGAAUCUUUGAAUAAGUAUGUAAAAAAUAAGACAUGCAUUGUUCCUCACUUUACAAUUGGUCGUAAAGGAUAUGGUAACGUUUAUUUCGCCGACUCAUUCGAUAUUUAUGGAUUGAAUUUAGACGAGAUUGUUCACUUCAGACAUAAGGAAGUAAUUAUUUACCCUGAUGAUAAAAUAAAACCACCUAUUGGCAAAGGUCUUAACCGUAAAGCUCAAGUCACUUUAGAUCGUGUUUGGCCUCAUGAUAAAUCUUCUCAUGAACCUAUAACAGAUCCAAAGCGUUUAAUUGAUAUGGAUUACGAAGGAAAACUAAGAAAAGUAUCUGCUAAACAUGAUACGAAAUUCCUUGAGUAUAGACCAGAAACCGGAUCAUGGGUAUUUAAGGUAGACCAUUUUUCUAAGUAUGGUUUGAGUGACUCUGAUGAGGAUGAAUCAGUAAGCAACAAUGAACAAGAUUCUUUUAAAAACAAAGACAAAAUACAGAAUCUUUCUGAAAAUUUUACGAAUGAUAAUUUAUCUCAAAUUAUUCGAUAUCAGGAAUCGCAUACCGAAAUUAGUAACGAAAACGACUCUUACGAUAUUAAUUUACAACAAAUUAAAUGUAAUAGAUUAAAUGGAAAUCAGAGUUUCUGCAGUCCUACAUCAGUUCAUGCUCGUUUAACAGGAUGCGAAAGCCACAAACUACAACUCAUGAAGGCCAGUUUUUUUGAAUGGAAUAAAGGAAAUGUAAUUGAUGAUGUACCGAAUGAAGAUAGCAACCAAAUUUCUCUGAAUAGAAAAGUAAUAAAAUUCAGUAAUUUUAUCAGUCAUACUUUAGAAAAUACUGCGAAUUGCGUUUCUUCUCAUGCUAUGGUACGGCCAAUUGAUGGCAUUUCAAAUAAAAAACAAUUACUUACCACAAUUUAUGGAGUAUCAAAAAAACAAAAACAAGAUAAAAAUUUUAAAAAUAGUUAUGAAAUCGAUGAAGAAUUAUCAGCUCCUAUUAUAAAUCCCAAGAUUGCUAUGUUGAGAAUGAAAUAUAGCGCAGAUCCUCUAUUGAGUAAUUUGAUAAAUGAAUCAGAAAGAUUUAAAUAUAUAGCUGAUAUUGGUGUACAGAAGGGUAAUGUGUUUAAAUCUUCAUGGAGUUCAAAACUGUCAUUUGUAUCUAUUUAUACGCCACAACAGGCUGAAAAAAUGUAUCCAUACUAUACGAUGCGUCAACCAGAAUUUUCUAAUGCUGAUUGCUUGAUUGAGAAAGUCAGUUUUACAAAUCUUUUACAGCAUGUUCGAAUUUUAGGAGAAAACAUAGUUAGCAAUGAUGAUUCUUUGGCAGUCAAGGCCAGUAUUGAAAACCAUUUGAAUAUUCAACUUCAGUAUUCAAAAAUUGACAAAGACAAGUGUAAUCUUGCAAUAGUCUCUUUAGAUAGAUCAACAAAUUUGGAAGCUCUACAUGCACACAAAAAUGAAGCAAUUAAGGAAGUUAAUGAAGCAAAUAAAAAUAGCAUAUUGAUCAAUUAUAUCGGUGAUGUAUGGAAACUUUGUGAAUCGUUAUGGGGAAGAUCUCUCGAUUUGGAAAACAUUUCUAAUUCUAGUCAUGAACUAGCAAUGCAGAGAAAAGAAGCGCUAAGUGAUUGGUUAAAAUCCAUAACAGCACAAAUUAUUCAACAUGAUUUAGCAGUGAAUGAAAAAAAUGAUCAGAUUAUUUUUUCAUUGUUAAGUGCUAAUCAGUUGGAAGAAGCAUGUAAAUUAGCCUUAGAAAAUGGUGAUCACUGUCUUGCUCUUCUGUUGUCGCAAAUGGGUGGCACAUUAACAGUACGUGAGCUGAUUAAACAACAAAUUGAACUUUGGCAUGAUACCAAUGUCGAUGAAAACUUGUCUGUGGAUCGAUUGAAACUAUUCAUGUUAAUAGCAGGAUUGCCAACGUUUUCUCGACAAAAUAAAACUAUUGACGUCUAUGGAGGCUUGGAUUGGAAGAGAACUUUUGCUAUUUAUUUAUGGUAUAUAUCGAAACCUACAGCUUCAAUAACAGAUACUUUAGAUCUUUAUGACGCUUCUUGCUCAAGUAUGCCUGACACAUAUAUUUCACCGAGGCCUUGGCCUGAUUACUAUAAAGAGGAAUAUCAGACAGACAUUACUAGUAAUCAAUUUCUGUAUGAUUUAAGUUAUCAUUUAUUAAAACUUUACUGUAAUGGAAAUCAUUCAUUGGAAAUAAUUUUAAAUCCCCAAACUUAUACUUGUGAUCCAUUUGAUUACAGACUAAGUUGGUUAUUACAACAAACCCUUAGUGGCUUGGGGUAUUUACAUUUGUCGGAAUACGCUACAUAUUUAACACAUGCUAAUUUCGCUGCUCAACUUGAAAGCUUGAAUCUCUGGCAUUGGUCUGUUUUUGUCGUUUUACAUUUCACUGACUCUAAAAUGAGACAUAAGGCAGUUUAUGACCUACUUUCACGACAUGUAGAUAUCGAUGAUUCACCAAAUUAUAUACAUCAAGAAAACUUUUUAAAAAACAGGCUUAAAAUACCUAUUAAAUGGAUAAACUAUGCAAAAGCCAUCAAAUCUUGUAGCAAAAAAAGAUUUAAUGAAGCCGCAUGGUACUUCAUCUACGCGGAAGAAUGGAAUAGUGCACAUGAUGUAAUCAUGGAACAUUUAGCAACAGAAGCUAUAAUAAAUGAUAAUUAUGGUUAUUUGAAGACAUUACUCAGUUUAUUAAUGCCACCGAAUUCUUGUCGCCUAAUUAGUGGAUGGUUAACACAGGGACAAAUAAUUAUGGAUUAUAUAAUCAUUACGGCAGAAAUAAAGCAUUUAUUGAGCAAUGAAGCAUGUUCUAAUAUGAGCUAUACAUUAGAACAGCUGCAACCUCAAUUAAUUUCCCUUUGCUCUAAAAUAAAUGCAUUCCCGUGUCCUACGGUCAAACAUAGAUUAUGUCAAGCAGAAAUGUCAAAAAGAACACUACAAUUAGCACGCAGUUUAUGCAUGAUAAAACACAAUGAAAAAGACGCUAGCAGUUUUCUCAUCCAUUUGAUAUCGCAACUGCCUUUUCCAGAAGAUUACGCUCAACAAGAGUUGCGACCAAUUAUAAAUUUUUGUGUCAAUAAUACAAUUGCAUAAUUAUUAUUGUAUUUAUUUAAUACAAUAGAAAAACGUGCUAAUUGAUUGAGUAAUAAUGUUAAACGGUAAUAUGCAAACACGUUUUUUUGUAUACAACAGAUUAAAUUAAUAAAAAACUGAUAUAUUUUAA